UCCUCUACAGUAACUUAGGUGCACCAUCUAUGGCUCUGACGAACAAAAUGGCGGACGCCUCGGUGGAGAUCGUGGAGGGCUGCCGUCUUCCUGUGCUCCGAAGAAAUCAGGAAAAUGAAGACGAGUGGCCGUUGGCUGAAAUUCUCAGCGUCAGAGAUACCCUUGGGAGAAAGCUCUACUAUGUUCACUAUGUUGACUUUAACAAGCGUCUGGAUGAAUGGGUCACUCCAGACCGGCUGGACAUGAAAAAGCUCCAGUUCCCAAAGAAGGAGGCAAAGACACCCACGAAGAAUGGUCUGCCUGGGUCUCGGCCCAGCUCACCAGAUAGAGACGUGAGGAAGAGUCUAGAUCUCAACGUUCAGUCUGCUUCAGCUCCUUCCAGAGGCAAAACCCUUCCCACUCCGAAGAGAAAAGCUGAGUCUGUCUCUUUGGCAUCUCAAGUUUCUGCUGUGACGUCAGUGCCUUCGCUUCCCAGCUCUGCAGAGGCCUCGCAGGCGUCUGUGUACCCAGCAGUCCGAGAAGCUUUCAGCAACAAAUCCAGAGAGGACGAACAGCUCACCUCCAUCACCACGAAUGGCACAACGAGGCGUAUUCUCCCAUCUCAGCCUGGCAGGAAGAGGAAGAAUUGCGGUACAGAUGAGAUGAUAAAGGUAUUCCAGUAUAACAGCCCUCGCAACGCCAGUGGCUGUCUGCCGCCAGGAGAGGACUCUCAGGACAGCUCGGACGGAAUCCCGUCAGCACCCCGUAUGACUGGCAGUUUGGUGUCGGACCGCAGCCAUGAUGACAUUGUUACGCGCAUGAAGAACAUUGACUGCAUCGAGCUGGGUCGUCACCGGCUCAAGCCCUGGUAUUUCUCACCGUACCCACAGGAGCUGACCUCUCUUCCCAUCCUCUACCUCUGCGAGUUCUGCCUCAAGUUCCUCAAGAGCCUCAAGUGUCUGCAGCGGCAUCUGACAAAGUGCAACCUCCGGCAUCCUCCAGGAAAUGAGAUCUACCGCAAAGGGACCAUCUCCUUCUUUGAAAUUGACGGGAGGAAAAACAAGACAUACUCCCAGAACUUGUGUUUAUUAGCAAAAUGCUUCCUGGACCACAAGACCCUGUACUAUGACACAGACCCCUUCCUCUUCUACGUUAUGACCGAGUACGACUCCAAGGGCUUCCACAUUGUUGGCUACUUCUCUAAGGAAAAAGAAUCAACAGAAGAUUAUAAUGUGGCCUGUAUUUUGACGCUACCACCAUAUCAGAGGAGAGGCUAUGGCAAACUGCUAAUUGAGUUCAGUUAUGAGCUUUCUAAGGUUGAGGGCAAGACGGGUACCCCAGAGAAGCCUCUGUCUGAUCUGGGUCUGCUGUCUUACCGUUCCUACUGGUCUCAGACCAUCCUGGAAAUACUCAUGGACCUCAAAUCAGACAAUGGGGAACGACCGCAAAUCACAAUCAAUGAAAUUAGCGAGAUAACCAGUGUAAAGAAGGAGGAUGUAAUAUCAACUUUGCAGUAUCUCAACCUCAUCAAUUACUACAAGGGUCAGUAUAUUCUCACUCUCUCAGAGGACAUUGUAGAGGGUCAUGAACGUGCCAUGCAGAAGCGCCACCUUCGCAUCGACCCCAAAUGCCUGCAUUUCACCCCAAAAGACUGGAGCAAAAGGGGCAAGUGGUAGAGACAUGCUACACUGUUGGACCUCUGGCCCACAAGCUUGGAGACUUGGAGGAAUUGAAACUGUUAGACCCUUGAUUAGAAGACUUUUAUGACAGAAAAAUGACAGAAAAAUGUUUUUUGAUUGCCCAGUGUUCCAGUGAUGGUGCUUACGUGACCAGCAGUCAUAAUCAGAUUUGUCUUCAUGUGCCAUUUUUUACUUUUGCUCAAGAUCAGAAGAUCUUCAUCUCUCGGCUCUCUUGUUACUGGGUUUUUCUGUCUCUCCUCCUCAUCACUCCUUUUAUUUGUCCACUCAAGUCUUGAUUAAUAGGUUAUAGUCUGCUUGAUUAAAAGGCUAUUAAAGCUGCACUAUGUAAGUUUUGGGGAUUUGGAGACCUUACUAGUAGAAAUGUGUAACUGCAGGCAGUGUGCAGAACACUUUCUAACAUCACUUGUGCUUCGUACCCCUUCCCAGAGCGGAUGAAUUUGAUUGCGAACGAGUAUUCAACAAAAACCGUGUAAGAACUUCGUGAACUUGAUGUUGUCACCAUAUCUUCAUCAGUAUAAUGUUGACUUUGCAUUUGAGACCUAAACAUGUAGGCGGACCUUCUUUUUGAGCCUGUGUUGGACGAUGUGGUCUGGAAAACGGACACCUCUGACUUGAAAUUAUUGCUUUAGACUUUACGGGGAGACGUUUUCUCCUGGUUUAAUGUUGCUACUUCAGUUUUAAUAAAAAAAAUUACAUAGUGCAGCUUUUAACAAAUCAGAAGCAGUAUCUGGUCAGCAACCAGUAGAUUCUACAGAACCACCAUCUCUACAUCAUUUGUCACUCUUUCUUUUUGUAAAAAUUACAUUUUUUUAAAUGUUAAUGCAUCUAUAUGUGGGGGGAAUUCAAAACUGCAUGGAAACUUCUAGAACAUAAGCCAUGUUAAACGUACAUGAAUGUAAAUUGGCAUACUUGUACAGUUGUCAGUGAAUGAUUAAAAAAAAGUGUGAACUAUCAAA